AUGGGAAAUUGUGGAUCUAGUGACAGCACCAAUAGACGUAUAAAUAAAACCAUUAAAGAAGAUGAAAAGAGAAUGAAAACCGAGGUCAAAUUACUUUUACUGGGUGCUGGUGAAUCCGGUAAAAGUACAAUUCUUAAACAAAUGCGUCUUAUUCAUGCAUCGGGAUUUAAUUCUACUGAACGAGAAACAUACAGAUCAAUCGUAUUUUUAAAUAUCAUGGAUUCAAUGAGUUUGGUUCUUGAGGCAAUGGAAUAUUAUAAAAUACCAUUUAGUAAUUCUUCAAAUAUGGUAGAUCAACCUUUUCCGGUGAAUUAUUUAGAACCAUUAAAAUCUUUAUGGAGUGAUAAUGGUGUACUGAAAUGUUAUAUGAUGGACAGAGUAUUUUCUCAAUCAUAUGUGCCAACAAACCAAGAUAUUAUACGUUGUAGAAUGAAAACAACAGGAAUUGUGGAAACUGUAUUUUACUUAGGCCCAUUAACAUAUAGAAUGUUUGAUGUUGGUGGUCAAAGGUCUGAGCGAAAAAAAUGGAUUCAUUGUUUUGAGGAUGUUACAGCUAAUCAAAUGCAGGAAGCUUUAAUGCUUUUUGAUUCUAUUUGUAACUCUCAAUGGUUUGUAAAUACUUCGAUGAUCUUAUUCUUGAACAAGAUCGAUAUUUUCAAGGAAAAAAUAAAAAUAUCACCUAUCAAUAAAUAUUUUCCUGAUUAUACAGGCCCAAGUGAUGAUUUUAAAUCCACAUCACACUAUUUUAAACGUAGAUUUCAACGACUUAAUCGAAGCGAUUCAAAAGAAAUCUAUCCACAUUUUACAAACGCCACGGAUACAAAUUUGUUAAGACAUAUAAUGGGCAGUGUAACUGGUAAUUAA